AUGUUGAAGAAACCGCAUGAGACUAAUUGAAGUACAUAGAGUACCUAAUUUUUUGGCCAAUAUGCUGUUUUUGAUAUAUUAGCUUCAUAUUACCGUUUUAUCCGUUUCUGUAGCAAACUUAAAUGUCCAGCUUGACUUUCCAAUGCAAGGAAUACAGUACAACCUGUCAAGAAUUUUGCAAGUUUGCUGUGAACAGCAUUGGAAAACAGAAAACACGCCGCUCCAUGACGCAUCGUGUGUGAAUAGCAUGAAAAAGUACAUGACGCGACGCUCGAUGACGCUCAGUGACGCGCCGCGCCGUGACGCGUCCAGUGUGAAUUCAGCUUAAAGCAGGCAUUGCGCAGCCAUUGUGCUAGCAGGACUAAAGCCCCCCCCCCCAACUUUUUUGCAAUCAUAGGUUAGAAAAAUUUCCUAUGUAAUAGCAGUUCUUUUUGACUGGGAAACUUUAUUUCUUCACUUUCUAAGUGUUUUUUUCUUAAUGAUAUGUUGUGUUUUCCAACUUUGUUAAUUCUUCUCCCAAUUGGAAAUUUAUAAAUGAUAUGUGGAAAUAAGCAGGCAUUUUCUAAAAGGGGCAUUUUCCGGCGUUCUUAAGGGCAUGGCCUGAAAAAUUUUUGGUCUCAACCUCCCCCCCCCCCCCCCCACUUGUAUACUGAUGCACAGAGUGAUCAAGGAAACAACAGUUUUAUGAACAUUUUAACUCUAGGCACAAGGGUUACCGCCUCUCAUCUUUCUUGCUCUCUACAUUGUGCGGGACCUAGAUGUAUACCAGUGAGAGAGACAUGUCUUCGAAUAAGAUUAUAAUAUAUGUAUGUGAUUCUGUAUUCUCAAGUGCGAGAACCUCUCCCCCUGCCUCGUGCUCACAACUCUAAUCAAUGCUCUCGAUUAGUGUUGAAUGUGAAGAGAUUGCGGAAAUGCAAAAUAUGGUGAGAGCUUCUUGCCAUGUGUCCCGGAGCCCUGGACCCAAAUUGAAGUUUUCUCUAUCCUUCACAAUACUUUGUAAUGAUUAUGGUGUGGUUGCAGUUGUGUUCAGUUGAGCUUCGUCUCUAAACUCCCUACAAAAUAAAGGCCAAUUUGAGCAUCUAACAUUUUAAUUUACCCAAAGAAAAUAAAGGGUUAUCUAGUGGGGGAGAUGAACGAGUGAGAACCUUCAAAUGCGGGAGGCAACCCUCUGUCCUGUCGUCAAAGUGCACGUGCAGUAAUAAUUUCGUCCAUGCGCAUUCUCUUCGACGCCAGGAAGGAGGAUUGCCCCACUCACCAAAAGACUUGCCCCUGUUCGUCUCUCAAACAAACUCACCGCAAAUCUUCAGGACAUUCCGUCUUAAUGUUGUUUUCCUUCACACCAUUCCUCUGCUUACAUAUGCAACUUGUUUAACAGUAAAAUUAUUUUCCUUUACCAACUCUGCCUCUCUGAGAUAGAGGUCAUUUGACAAAUUUUCUUCGCCCUUUAUUUGUUAUCAUGUUACCAUGCUUUAAUCGAAUGCAAGAUAAUUCUUUUGAAAACAAUUUUAGAUUUGGUUAACUUAUCUCUCUGCCACCGCUUUGGGUUCGUAAGCUUCUUUUCAAAUAAAAAAAUUGUCCAUUCUUGGAGAAGAAGCUUGGUUUAGAUAAGAAUUAAAUCAAGUGUGAAUUAUUAGGUCAGCAAAUCUUUUCUUCCGGUUUGGGCUUCGGAUGUCGGCACCAAUCAGUUCUACUAAAGCAUAACUAAUUUUUCUUACUCAAAAGUAGUAUUUUAUCAGAUAUUAUCAACCUGUGUUAUUAUGGAGUCUAAAAAGCGCAUAAAGUUUGCCUUGGGACACGAAUCAGUUUUUCUGAAUAUCUUCAUCGUUUUUGCUUCUACUAUUUUCGAAAAAGCAAAUCCGCCCAAUCAGUUCAUUCAGCUGCUCCCUUGCUUAUCUAGGUUUCCAUUCAUUCCUUCAUCUCUGGUCUAAGUUUUCCUCUCUGUUGAUUCUUUCAGCGAUGACCUAGUGAUUAUCAAUCUCUCUCUAAGCGAAUCUUAAAUUGAAACUAAGGCACGAUAUUUCCUGGGAUAUGAGCAGUACUUUUUUGGAGAUAAUUUAGAUAUAAGCCCAUUGAAGGCAACCUAAGGCGAUCGAAAUGCUUGAAACCAACAUCCAUUUUGCCUGUUGUCUAGAUCGAGGUGUGCCAAAGCCUUCAAAUAAUGCUGGUAAUAAAGUGCUAAAAGACACUAAGAGGUUUGGUUUUGUCCUCCAAAUUUAGUGGUUUGUCAGUGUCUUUGGUAGCAUUUUGUCGCCGUUUACAAGAAUCCUAUUAUUACCAACAGUGGGUUUUAAGAAUAGUUUUCCAACAAGUUUAUCUCGAACCUAAUGCCUACAGGCCAUUAUUGUCGUUGAGCUUGGAUUUCAACUUUCAAAAUAAACUUUUAUGAUAAACAAAUUUGUUGAAUGGUAACAUAAAUCAAUAAGAAAAUCAUGUUCACUUGCUCGGAAGGAUUUGCUAGGCGGAGCUGCCGUUAGCUUCUUAGCCUUGACUUUGUCACCUGAAGAAACAUUAUACACACAAGACAGUGCUUGCCAUUAUUCGAUUUAAAAGGGUUCUUUUUCACAGGUUUAAGUCACGUGCUAGCUGCGUCGAAAGAGAUUGGUGUAUUGUGUGUAUGGUUUUUGUCUUCAUUCACCACAUUAAGUACGAUAUCUUUACCGUGCUAAGAGACAAAAAGUCAAGCCUGUUUGAUAUUGUUGCCGGUGAUAAAAAACUUUCACUAUGUCACACUAGUGCGUUUUGUCGUCAGUGAUAAAUUGGCCGUCAUGCUUUGAAACCCAUCUAGUCAAUAUGUCCUGGACGUUAACUUAGCGUGACAUUAAUGUUUGCUUUAGUGCCUACAGAACAUAUAGAAACAGGCCAUAAUUUGAAGUUCUGGAAAUAUUCUUAAGACGGAGUUUUGGUAACCCGAAAAGUGUUGUGUUUCCCACUACAUCAAAUUUCUAUCAUGGUUUUCACCCGGUACACCCACAUACCCCCUAUUUGUUUGGUGUAUGACUUGAUUCGAUCUUGAGAUGGGUGCUUGUCAAGUAAGGGUUGAAGUAGUCUUUAAAAUAAUUUCUUUUGGAAUACUUUAACAAACCUGACUCAUAUCAAGCCAAUGCUUACGUCAUCGAAAGCUUAAAGAGACCCUCUGGGUAUCUCUUAUAAUAACCUGUCUCUUCGCAACAGCGCAUGCCCACACAUCGAGUAUAAGAGAACUAAUGAAGGGGAUUUUCCUAAAGGGAUUCAACUAUAUCCUUUAUUUGAUUAUUGCUAGUAGUCAUUUGCAGCCGGUUCAUAAGUCAUUGUUCGUAGUAAUAACAUUCUUUCAUUAGAACUCUAGAUCCCCGUUGUGGUUAUCUGCCCUGCCAGGCUGUGAGACUCACAAUCCACUUUUUGGUGUUCACAUGUGUUCGCAUCUUAGGCCCUCUUAACAGACCACAAACCAGAAACCUUUGGUUCGGCUUAUUUAAAGAACAGUGUUAUCGAUUUUGAUGCAGGUCUUAUAAUCAAUCUAAUGAUUCAACGAGACACAACUUCAAGCUCAGCUUUAUAUUAAAUUCCAUUUUAUGACAUAUGACUUUUACUCAGCGGGUAUAGAAGCACUAGAUUCUCAUCGAUUUUGAAUGCUUCUCUAGAGAAAAUAUGAUGUGGACAGAGUUCGAGGAACCGAGGUUUCUGACGUUAAUGGAAAAUUUGAAAGCGUUCAUUCUCGUAGCAUAAAAGUCAAUGCUUUGUUUAUAUUUGAAACUGUUGAUGUUGACCACCCAGCUUAGUUCAUUACUAUGGAUAAUAAAAAUCAUUAAUGCUGACUGACGUCACUCAGACAACAGCUAACGUCUUUUGUCUUCCCGCCAUGCAACUGACACUGAUCCAAUAUGGAUCGCUAUUUCAAAGCCUCUAGACUUCAAAACAUGGUAUCUACGUUUCCAGCUGAAUAAACCUUUAUUCUACAAAGAACACAUCGAAUUUUAAAAAGUUUGCUUUUGAAAUAUCACGCUUCUAAAUGAAAAAUGACAAACGCUUCACCCCCAACCCUACAAUGUCAUUUGUCUUUUACUUUUAUAUCUGUGUAUUAAACUUAAGGCCACAAAGAGAUCUAUAUUCCUCAAAGUUUCCUAUUUCUCAAUUUUAUACUUCAUGCUGUUUUCAAUAAAGACAAUUUCUGGUUUCAAUCUGCUGCUUUGAGAGAAGAAUUUCUUUUCUUUAUUAUAGUAAUUCUAGAUAGCAGAAAACUCAAGUUUAUACCUUACAUGAUAAAUGAGCUGCUUGCGCUCUACAAUGUUAAGGCCGAUUUCCAUUUGACAUUUUUUGUGCGCACGGUCGUAGCGCCCAAAUCUGAGCAUGCGUAGCUAAGUGCUGCUGUCAAGUGGCCGAGCGCACAAAAAAGUUGAGACCCUAUCAACUUUCUGGCGCUCACAGCGGACGGAAAAUCGAGACCACUUGAUGUUAAUUACGCAUGCUCAGACUUGGGCGCUACGCCCGCACGCAUAAAAAAUGUCGAAUGGAAAUCGGCCUUUGGGUUGCAACUUUUAGAAUAAUAUUUGUGCGUCGCCUGGGAAGUUUUGCCAAAUUUCCUUUUUGUACGGGUGAAUAAGAGCUUUUUGACUUCCAUGAAGCCUCCCCCUUUCUAAAAGUCAAUUUUAAACAAAAGAUGUAGACUUUUUUAAACAACUUAGCCUUUCUUCCAUUUUUGAAGCUCUAGAAAGAGCUUAUUACUGGGACUUGUUUUAAAAGUAUGAAUUAGUUUUCGUAGCUUGUUGCUUUCUUACCUGUUUUAUGCUUACGAAGCUUCUGAAAAAUGUUUUAAAAGAAAUCAAGGUUAAGUUUUUUUAAUCUUUUGCAGCUGCACACUGCCCCAAAUAUUUGCUAAAUAGAUUUCUAUUAUAGUUUCAACAGUGUACUGAGCAGGAGGCGACUGAAUCGGCAGCCUCCAUGUCCUCCUCCCAUUAAUAACAAAACUGAAUUUGAGUAUGACGUAAUCUUGAGUAGCUGUAGCCUGUGAAUUGAUUCUUGAGUUGGUUUAGUUUGAUCUUUAAAGUACGUUCUGUUCUCAGACCUUCGCCAAACCUCUCUUGGCCGAUUUUAGACUACGAUGCCGGCUCAGGAUUUGAUUUGGCAACCUCAGAAAUCUUAGCAGAUAUCCACUUAAGACAAGUCUAAGCCUUGGCAAAUGAAAACGUUUUGUAUCAGAUUUUGACUAAUGUAAUAGCGCUUCAUGUCACUUGGUACUUCGGCGGUAAUAAGGCUGUCGCAAUUUGCCACUAAGCAAUGUUUCACCUCCCUUCUUGCAUCAAGAAGGUGUUUUAGUGGAAGGUAACGACUGAUACCAGGGCUCAAGCUGAUAUUGUUGUUUAGAGGGAGGGGCUAUGUACCCUCAAAACUUCUUGGAUUCUAUUGUUUCUGUUCACUAUCUAUAUGCUGGCUGAUUUUCUUUUCUUUUUAGAACAAUGGUACUCCCCCCAUAAAAAACGUUGCUUCCUCCCUAAGGCCCCUCUGACAGGUCGAGAGCUGAGGAUCCGCUUCGAUGGUGAAUCCUUCUACAUUCGAUGGGGUAUCCAGAUCCAAUAAUAAACAUCCAGAGACACAAAGUUGAAAGAUAAUCAUAUCUUUGAGAACUCCCACGUUCUGGAUUCUAUGGAACGUCAACCACGAAACAGACGCUUGAAGCUCGGUCAUUCCGCAGACGAUGCCUUUUAUCCCCUUCUCAGUCUGCGGAGAAUUCGUCUAAAUGUAGGUGGCAGUGGGCAGUGGCACUUGUAGCAUUUUCUCGCAAUUUGAGCCAGUGAAGACUCUCUGUUACAAACGGAAAUAUCCACACAGACAAGCCAACGAGGCAGUGACGAUUCAGUUAGCUUGGCUAUUUUCACGGCCUUUUCGAGCGUCCAAGUUGAAAUGCCUUUUACGUUCUGCGACCUUGAAUGCGUAGGGCCUGGACCCUAGCAAAAAGGCGCGAAAAUUUGUACACGCCAUCAGAGGAAAUAUGAAAUCGAGAAAGGAAGCGCAGGAAACUUUCAUUUGGAGACUCCUCAGAAGGCCAUCAUUUACAUUGCCUGAUUACAGAAAACUUUGGUUAAAGCUUUAUACACACCGAAUGAAGUGAAUGGCGAACAUAAAAGUAGAGCCGCAUUCUCCGCUGUUGCCGUCUCAGGAAAACUUUCCUGGAAACUCAUCUGGGUCCAACCAGUGUCCCUCGCCGGCCAGCUCAGAAUUGCAAACUAUCAUGGUAGCAUGGGUGAAAAAGAAGCUAAUUUCAAAGAUAAAACAGUUUUGUGAUCGUUUUCAAGCUGGAUUUACGGAAGGCAUUUUCUACGAUUUUGACAUGGAAAUUGAUGUUGCCGAGCUACUUGAAUCUAACGUGGAACUCGGAAAUUUUCUUAUCAAAGACACAAAAAAUUUCAUUUUUCAACUAAGAUGGGUGAUUUUCAAAAUGAUAUCAGAUAAAAGAUGGUUGAAUAUCGAGGCUGCAAGUCAGAUAUUGAUAAAUCCAAAAUUCAUUAAUCUGCCAACACUUUCAGAAUGCAUGCCAACAGGACGAUUGCCUUGCAUCGAAGGUUUGAUGAAGAUAGCAGGGACUGUUGUUGGUUUCACGCCUAUUCAUGAAUAUACAAAAGGAACCAAAUAUAACUGCACUCAAGAAGAGCUAUGUAUGUCAAAUGCCUGUGACAACAUAUUUUCAUGGCUUCCAGGGAUUUUUGAAUACGACAUCGUAAGACCUGGCAGGCGAUGUAAGCAGUGUUAUGCUUCUAUGGAGGAGGAUGUCAAGUUUCGGAAACUUGCAGAACGGAGAAUAUUUACAAUUGUAUUAAAUGAUGGUAUCAAAUGCAUGCAACCAUACAAAAAAACAACUCAAAGCCGGCAGCAAGGAGUAACAAUUGUAACCAGAGAUGAUCUGGUAAAUAGAAUGAAAAUUGGGCACGAUUAUUGGAUCACUGGGGUAGUUAUCAGAGAGCCAAUGCGUCGAACAGCGUCGCAGCAGUUUUACGAUACUGUUUUGGAGGCCUGUGAUAUCGUGGAGUAUGCAAAAAUGAUUGCUGUUAAGAAGAAUGAUUGCACAGAGGACUUGCCGGAUUCUAUAAGAUCACUGUAUGAAGAUCGUAUAAUGUCUCCUUGGAGUUUUGCUACAAGUCUAGCGUACAGCUUUGGUGAGUCAAUUUGCAUUGGUGGAUCAUUUCACAAAUUGAAGCUUGCACUGUUACUAAGCUCUGUUUUAAGUGGAAAUGAUCUUCUUGUCGAAGAUAUUAAUGGAAAGCUGGUAAUUGGAAACGAGCUGCAAAGGAUAAAUAUCCUAUGCAUAUCAGAUGAUGUAGGAAAACUACAAAGACUGUUCACAUAUGCAAGCAGUGUAUGUGACAAGGCAGUGUUAAGUCAGCAAAAUCUAGAUUUAUUUGGGUCUGUGACAAAGAAACACGAAGCAGACACCCAUGUACACAUUGACGGUGGAAGUUUGCUUCUAGCAGGCAAACAUUUAUGUGUUUUUCCAAAUUUGGCUAAUUUAAAGAAAGAUGAAGUCAGUAAACUUCAAAAAACUCUAGAAGAAGGAUCUGUAUCGAUAGACAUUCCAAGACGUAAGGCUAAUGAAUCAGAAUACAUCCAAAUGAAAUUCCCAUUAGACUGCACGCUCUGGGCUUUAGCCGAGUCUACAAAGGAACAAAAUGAGGUUGCCAAAAAUCCUUGGAUGCAAUUAGCUGACCAUUUUGAUUUGGUUUACGACUUAUCCAAAGAAUACAAGCUGCCAGAUGACAUAGAGAAGGUUCAGAUCACAGAAAUACUCAGAGAGGCAGUAGGAUAUGAAAAUCACAGCGAAAUUAAACACAAUGACCUUAGAACGUUUGCCAAAAUUGCAAGAACACAGCGUGUUACUUUCUCAGAGAACGCAUCGAAGAUGAUUAGGUCUUUCUUUCUGGCAAGUAGAAGGGCGAGGAAUACGUCACUAAUUGGAAGUGAAAUUGGGAAGAAGUCAUUACAAACCAUGCUUUCUAUUGCUGCUGCACAUGCCAAGCUCUCACUUCGCAAAGAGGUGACUGUUGACGAUGCAAUCAUAGCAAUUACUUUUUACGAAGAAUGUAUCACUAUUAAAACGGGUCAAUCAGUUAUUGAUCUACAACCAAAAAUUCAUUUUGCGAAAGAAAACUUUGCAGAAAACUUAGGACCAAAGAAUGAUGAAAUAAUGGCUCUGAUGCACAGAAAGAUAAUGACGUUCUGUCACACAUUUUCUAGUGGACCUGGAUCAUUUUAUCGUGCAGAAGAAUAAUGCAACAGAGCGUUCUGGUAAAAGAGACAACAUGGCCUAGAAAAUGAUCAAUUAAGACUUCUCUAAAAACAGGAGAAAGAAGCAUCUGUCAAAAAUAAUCGACAACAUCAUUUGUCCAUAAUAUUUAUUUAGAAUGUUUCAAGAUAAUUUAGAAUAUUUGUCACCUAAGAAAUUUAGAAAAUUCACUCAUAGACAUAACACCUAGACACAACUUUUGUUGAUAUCGUUUGAUAACCAGUUGAAAAUUCGCCGAUAUAAUUUUUUGGCGAUACAAAACUUGACAAUUGCUUUAAAAAAUGCAAAAUGUUUACAACACACUUUAAUCUUCAUUUCGUACAUAUUGGCUAACCAUACCGGGCACGUGCUUGCAUUUUUCUGACUGGUCUAUUUCGCUCCACUACCAGGUCCGACAAAGAAAUUUUUAUUAUGUUUUUAAAUCUUUUAUUUUUUCAGAGCCAGGUAAAAAGAAUUAAAAUAUAAUAACAAUGUUUUUAAAAAGUAGCAUGGUCUAGAGCUUUGUAAUUAUUACGCUAUUGGUUAUUGUAAAAUUUAAGCCCCUCCUCUUAAAUAAGCCUCCUCUCUAGGACUGAAUAAAAUAAUUAAGCCCCUGGGGGCUUAAUAGAGCUUUUACGGUAUGCGAUACCAUGUACUAUGUAUUAUGAGAUAGUUCAUGUAAUAUUUAAGUUGUAAAUUAUAAAAAUACAGUACUGUGUAAGGAAUGGAUUAUAACGUUUGCACGCAGAUGCUAGAUCUAUGUCACCAUUCUGAUUUCUAUUUUGAAGGAUUUAAGUAGGAGACAUGUAAAACUUUGGCUUUUUUAUUUCGGUCAAAAGGUAAAAGACAAUAGGCUAUCAAAUAAUAUUGAUUUAUCAGAAAACGUUUCACGCCUGAAAUGACACCGAAAAAAAAUUAUUUAGUAAAUUUUCAAAAGUAACAAAUCUUUGUAAAUAAUUCCUCGUUUUUUUAAAAAUGUUUUGAAAAUUUGUAUGGUGACCAAGAGCUGCCACUUAAUUCUCACUUUAAUUCUACAAGAAAGGAAAAAAGAAAUUAAGAUUAUUUCAACGUUCGCUUUACUCCAGGUUAACUUUUUAUGGCAUUUUUUAAUUGGACUUUGAAUGAGGAAUUUUAGAGAAAAAGUAAGGCUAUAGGCUUAGGAAAAAUGUCGAUUUUUUAUGCAUAAAUUUUGAUAUAAAAACUCUGUUAAACUGCUUAAACAUUUAUUUUGUUUGCAUUAAAUAGCAUUUC